CUCGAGCCCGGGGGUUCCUCAGCUGGCUCAGUCCGAAUCAGUGUCAUUCAGAGAGAAGGACAGCUAAGGGCUGGGCGCGAACGCGCGGUUGCGGUCCUGCUCGGGCGCCGGUGCCUGCGCUCGCGCCGCCGGGUGGGAAGGAUGAAGCCUCAGCUGGAGCAGCCACCCUAUGAUUGGCUGUGGCGCUUGUGAACCCGAAGUAAAGAUGGCGGGCGGGCAGGCAGCCGCCGCACUGCCCACUUGGAAGAUGGCGGCGCGCCGCAGCCUCAGUGCCCGCGGCCGGGGGGUCCUGCAGGCUGCUGCGGGCCGGCUGCUGCCGCUGCUACUGCUGAGCUGCUGCUGGGGAACGGGCGGCUGCACGGCGGCCGGCGAGAACGAGGAGACCGUGAUCAUCGGGCUGCGGCUGGAGGAUACGAACGACGUGUCGUUCAUGGAAGGGGGUGCUCUGCGGGUGAGCGAGCGGACCCGGGUCAAGCUGCGGGUGUACGGGCAGAACAUCAACAACGAGACGUGGUCCCGCAUCGCCUUCACUGAGCACGAGCGGCGCCGGCACACACCCGGCGAGCGUGGGCUGGGGGGCCCCGCGCCUCCGGAGCCGGACAGCGGCCCCCAGCGCUGCGGCAUCCGCACCUCAGACAUCAUCAUCUUGCCCCACAUCAUUCUCAAUCGCCGCACAUCGGGCAUCAUCGAGAUCGAAAUCAAACCGCUGCGGAAGAUGGAGAAGAGCAAGUCUUAUUACCUGUGCACGUCUCUCUCCACGCCCGCACUGGGCACCGGCGGCUCCGGGUCUGCGAGUGGCGCCGUCGGGGGCAAGGGUGGCGCGGGGGUGGCCGGACUCCCGCCUCCUCCGUGGGCCGAGACCACCUGGAUUUACCACGACGGUGAGGACACCAAGAUGAUAGUGGGCGAGGAGAAGAAGUUCUUGCUGCCCUUCUGGCUGCAAGUGAUCUUCAUCUCGCUGCUGCUGUGCCUGUCGGGCAUGUUCAGCGGCCUCAACCUGGGGCUCAUGGCUCUGGACCCGAUGGAGCUGCGCAUCGUGCAAAACUGCGGCACGGAGAAAGAGAAGAAUUAUGCCAAGCGCAUCGAGCCGGUGCGCAGGCAGGGCAACUACCUGCUGUGCUCGCUGCUGCUGGGCAACGUACUGGUCAACACCACGCUCACCAUCCUGCUGGACGACAUUGCCGGCUCAGGCCUUGUGGCGGUGGUGGUCUCCACCAUUGGCAUCGUCAUCUUCGGAGAAAUCGUGCCCCAAGCCAUCUGCUCCCGACACGGCCUGGCGGUAGGGGCCAACACCAUCUUCCUCACCAAGUUUUUCAUGAUGAUGACCUUCCCCGCUUCUUACCCGGUUAGCAAACUGCUGGACUGCGUCCUGGGCCAGGAGAUAGGCACGGUCUAUAACCGGGAAAAACUGCUGGAGAUGCUCCGGGUUACUGACCCCUAUAACGACCUCGUUAAGGAGGAGCUGAACAUCAUCCAAGGGGCGCUGGAGCUCCGCACCAAGACGGUGGAGGACGUGAUGACUCCCCUCAGGGACUGCUUCAUGAUCACCGGCGAGGCUAUCCUGGACUUCAACACCAUGUCGGAGAUCAUGGAGAGUGGCUACACUCGAAUCCCAGUGUUCGAGGGAGAACGUUCCAACAUCGUGGACCUGCUCUUUGUCAAAGACUUGGCCUUCGUGGAUCCGGAUGACAGUACUCCCUUGAAAACCAUCACCAAGUUUUACAAUCACCCUUUGCACUUCGUUUUCAACGACACCAAGUUGGACGCUAUGCUGGAAGAAUUUAAGAAAGGUAAAUCCCACCUGGCCAUUGUGCAGCGAGUGAACAAUGAGGGUGAAGGGGACCCAUUUUAUGAAGUUCUGGGAAUUGUCACCUUGGAAGAUGUGAUUGAAGAAAUCAUCAAAUCUGAAAUCUUGGAUGAGACAGACCUGUACACCGAUAACAGAACAAAAAAGAAAGUGGCUCACCGUGAAAGAAAGCAAGAUUUCUCUGCCUUUAAGCAGACAGACAGCGAGAUGAAGGUUAAAAUAUCACCGCAGCUUCUCCUGGCCAUGCACCGUUUCCUAGCAACAGAAGUAGAAGCAUUUAGCCCAUCCCAGAUGUCAGAGAAGAUCCUCCUAAGGCUGCUAAAGCAUCCCAAUGUCAUCCAGGAGCUGAAGUACGACGAGAAGAACAAGAGAGCCCCCGAGUGCUACCUUUACCAGCGGAACAAGCCCGUAGACUACUUCGUCCUCAUUCUGCAGGGGAAGGUGGAGGUGGAAGCUGGGAAGGAAGGCAUGAAGUUCGAAGCCAGUGCUUUCUCCUACUAUGGUGUGAUGGCCCUCACAGCCUCUCCAGGUGAAAAUAAGUCACCUCCUCGCCCCUGUGGCCUGAAUCACUCAGAUUCUCUCAGUCGGAGUGACCGGAUUGAUGCCAUGACACCAACCUUGGGGAGCAGCAACAACCAGCUCAGUUCUUCAUUCCUUCAAGUCUACAUCCCUGACUACUCAGUACGAGCCCUCUCUGACCUACAGUUCGUCAAGAUCUCCAGACAGCAAUACCAAAAUGCCUUGAUGGCGUCUCGGAUGGACAAAACGCCUCAGUCUUCAGACAGUGAAAAUACUAAAAUUGAAUUGACUCUUACGGAGCUCCAUGACGGCUUGCCAGACGAGACGGCCAACUUGCUCAAUGAACAGAACUGUGUGUCACACAACAAGGCCAACCACAGCCUGCACAGUGAAGGCGCCAUCUAGGGCCCCUCGGGCCCCCUUGUCUGGCCCUCCUGGACUCGGUCUGACCGUGACUUCCGCUAGUUGAGCUUGUCUGCCGUGCUGCGUCCUACAGCCUUGAGACCAAAGACUUUGCCCCUUUCCCUGGAAGCCGUGGAGGACGGCUGGGGGAGGGAUGGAAACUGGACAUGUGACAUCCACAGCUGGGGCAUGGCUUUCAAGAAUUCGGAGACAAACUUUUUCCGCCCAAAUAGAAUCAUGUUUAUUUUUUCAGAACCUUUUUUCGUUUCUUUCAUCCCUCAAUUUGCAUGAAUUUAAAAAUUGUUGCAUUUAUUUUUUUCCAAGAGAUCAUGUUUUUGUUUCUAAGUGUCUUUUGCAGAGUUUGAAGUUGGUCUUUCCAAGCUAACUCUGCUGUAGCCCCACCGUGUGACCCCGACAGGAUGGACUUGCCCCUUUAGCGGCCUUCCCUGGCGGUCCCCAGGAGGAAUACCUUUCCUCUGUGCCCGGUGGGUGUCGCUGUCGAACUUGAUGGAUGAAUGAAGAAAAACCAUGUCACUGCAGAGCGUGCCAAGUCUGUCGUCACUGUGGGUGUCGGCGGAAGCUGCAGGUGCCCUCUCUGCACGUAGUGUCCUUUUGAGAAUAUGAUGUCUGACCCCAUCCCUUUCCCUCAAGAAGGUUAAUUUAACGUUUGCUUGGGAAUGUGAUCUCGCUCCCACCCUAAGGAAUUUUUAUCACCAAAAUGAAUGUUAAUGAAUUUUAAACCCAUGGUUUCUCAUUGGCAGGAGGCAAUGGCUUUAUACCCCCUUCCUGUAACCUCUGGUGGUCUGGGACAUCACCCCACCCCAACCCCUCCCACCCCUCACUCUUGCUAACCCAAGCUGCUGUUACAGGUGCCAAGUGGAAACCUUCCAUGGGGCUUCUUAAUGAACAUGUGGUGGCUGCGGCUACAGGAUGCCUCUUUCCUGCUGGGAUUUGUGUAUUACCUGAAUGGGGCGGGGCAGGGUGGGAGGUGGACAGUGUACUUAGGCAUUUCUAGACCCUGUUUCUAAUGAAAUGUCCUUCCUUCCAUAGAGCCAAGUGCCCCUCCCAUGUUGUCCCUGGGCUGUGGAGCUCAGCAGUGGCCCUGCUUCAGAUGUGGCCAUUGCCAGAGAGCCACCCAUACAGCCAGAGUCAGUUUGACCCCGAAUCAAUUCAGAAACCAAAUGUGUGUUGUGGCCAUUUCAUGUGUGUCUCUGUCUUACUUUAAUACCAAAUUUACCAUGUGUUAUGAAAUUCACAUCAGCAGGUACUGCUUGGGUGGCUUCUUUUAAGAGGUUCCUUCCUUGCAUUUGCUGGCAGUGCUCAUACACUGAAAUGAACGCCUGGCCAGUGUUCAGUGGGCUUCUCAUUACCCAGGUCACUGCUGGAGAAGCAAGCCAUCGUGGGCCUGGGCUUCCUGCACAGGGAACCCUCAGGCUCAGUGCCAGCCUCCUCCUCCUUCAGGUAGGAGGUCUGCUAACCCCAGAUGGGACUCUGGGGGGGUGACAUGUUGGGUUGAUCCUUUGUUGAAUAGCUGAUGGCUCUGAAAACUGUGUGUGUGUGUGUGUGUGUGUGUGUACGCGCUAGGACUAGAACCCACGGCCAUGUGCAUCCUUGGCAGGUGCUCCAUCACUGCCACACCCGCAGACCUUGGCUUGGGCGUCUGGUGCCAUGCCCACUGACCGUGGGUAAUGUCCUGGAGUGUUCUGGUUGAGAAAGACUGGCCCUUAGUGGAGGGUCAUUGAGAGUGGCCUUUAAAGGAGCUGAGUGACCUGCUACUGGUACCUAGCCUGCCACUUUGGGAUGAAGUUCCUAUCAUGGGGAACCCCACACAGUGAGUACCCCCUUCUCAAACACAUCCAGGUGAAAAGAUCAUUUUAAUAAGGAGAAUAUUAUGUUCAGAUGUAAGCCAGAGUCCCGCCAACAAGCUUCUAGCUGGCCCCUGGAGCCAGGAGCCCAGCCAAGGCUCUCUAGUGUUAAGUGUUCCACUCUGCUGCCUCUCAGGCAUGGUACACCUCUGCCUCAGACAGCCUGGCCCCUGGAAGGAGCCUCUGGAAGAGAAGCACCUUGGGCCUCUCUCUGAGUUUUACUCUUCCUGGAUCCUAGAGAUGUAGGACUCGAGGGAACGCCUCAGUCACCACCCACUAUGGCAGCUAACUGUAGAGUUCUCUUACAAAGAAGCCGAGGAGUGGGAUUCUCAGAAGUCGAGACUGUGGCCUGCCAGCUUCGUGUUCAUUUUCCAUUAAUGAACUAAUUACCUUGGACUAGUUACUUCUAUAAUAACCAGGAAUUCUGAAUAGUUCCUCCAUCGUCCCAGAGGACACAAAGGUGACCUGGUCAUAGUUUGAGCUGCUCUGGGGAGAGGUCUCAAUCUUCAAACAGGGCUUGCGUCUGAGUGAACAGUGUUUCCAAGUCUCCCACUCCCAAGCCGACUCCUGAGACAACUGGCUCUUUGCCCCUCUGAGUGGAUCUUGACUAGGAAUGGCACAUACCAUCUCUGGUCUCACCCCAUGGGCUUCCCAGCCAAGAGAGCCUGGCAAGUAGUGGAGUGGCCAUGGGCAGGCACCUUCCCUAUAGCUCUGGCCUGGAAGCCCUCCUGGGAUGCUGCACAUGCAAACAUGGAGGGGAGGGGUCAGGCCAGACAGACUCAGGCCUCAGGAGUUCUGGGUGCUAUGGGCCUGCCCCUGUGCCUCUGCUGCCAGCCAGAGGGCAGGACAGCACCUAGAACUGGAUGCCUGUGUGCAGAUAUUGCUGGGACACUGUCACUGUUAAUGAGGGUCCAUUUACUGCCCUUUGUCCAUAAUGCAAGUCCAAACUCUAGUAAAGUCUUAGAAGAGAAUCCUGACAUUUCCACAUGAGUAUUGGGGUGCUAGUCAGCUAGCUUAAGUUUUGGUUCCUGAUUUGAAGGUGCCGCCUGUUUCAUACUCUCUGUGGGCAUAGUUGACCUCAUGUGAAGGGAGCUGAGCCACAAACCACUUUCUCGUGUUAUUCCAAGAAACGCGUGCAGGUGUUCAGUGCAGAACUUCACACACUGAUACGGAACACUAACUGUGAAAAGCCACCUCGCCAUCCCCAGCUCUGUACAGCUAAAGGACCAGCUUUUCCAAAUCUAGGAAAACAUGUCAGGUCCAAUCGCAUUAGAAAGUGGAGCGACAGGAUUUUGAGUUACACAGGGACCAUGAUCUUCAGCCUGCACGUUAUUUGGGUUAAGGAGCAAAACCAAGUAGGUGCUGGGUGACUCGGCCUGUGUCCUGGCUAGUGAAAACACCCACAAGCACCUCUGUCCUUCUCUGAAGGCUGCCAGGGAUCUGCCACAGUCACUGUGCCUCAACCCAGGGGAUGCAGUCUCGCAGGGACAAACCCAAGCAGGUUAACCCUUUGGACUGGUGCAAUGUACACACUUUGUCCCCUGGAGCAAGCUGAGAGGGUCAGCUGCUUCAGACACACCGCGUAGUCUAACGCCGUGGCUUGGCAGGACUCCUCCCUCUGCUUUUCUCCUGCAGGGUUGAUGGCUGUUUAGCUACUUGACUUAGU